AACAUUGUCAGUACUAGUCCGACUCUGAUAUAGUGCCGUAUGUCGCCCGAAAAAGGUCGCAACGAAAUAAUUUGUCGCCCUGCUGUAAAAGUGUUUGUUUGAAGCAUUUAAAGAUCCUUGAAAAACAGUUAAAUUUCGGUUGUAAUUUGCAUUGGCUUUACAUUUAUGCUUUCAUUAUGGUUGGGAUUUUUUAGAUCAGCAGUUAAAUAUUUACGGUUUAGACUGAGUUUAAACAAACAUUCUACUGGCCUACUAAGUCCCAACAUAGUUACAGCAAAUUCCGCGUAUAUACCACACAUUUCCGAUAUAUAGCAGGCGAUUUGAAAGGUUUUUGCGAGGUUUUUUUGGAAUUUUCUUGCGGCAUCAGCGUUACACUGCAGUCCUAAUGCCCUUGGAAAUUUCAAAUAAUGGCACGACAUAAUGCAAAAUACACUUACUUUAAUGUGACAUAAAUUUAGCAACAAAUGUCUAAUUAAUUAACUGCUGAUAUAAAUUUGCAAUCGGUAGACGGAAUGGAGAAAUCGCGAGGUCGGCGUAUGCUUGCUAAAAUUUGUCUUCAAAUUAUGCUGCCAACAAGCAAAGGUGGGUUAGUGUAUCACAGUUGGCUGUGUUAGCGUUCAGGUGAACAAAGGCAAAGAGGAGAAGUUUGUAUGUUUACCUGCUUAUUUAUAAAAAUAAAUGUGUAAAAUAAAUCUUAUUUGCAAUUCACAAACUGCUACUAAGUAAAUCCUAAUGUUAAUGAAGUUUAAGAUAUACUCAGCUAUAAGAAUAUGCAAAUAUUGGUGAACUAGAACUAAUUUAAAGCAAAAGACGCUGGUGAAGUGGAAAAGUAAUAAUUUAAAAUAUCUUUAAUAAACCAAUUUCGAGAGAAAGUGACUUAGAAUGUGUUAUCAGAAACUAUAAAAGACAAUGCUUCGCUAAUUGAGAAGCAUAUUAAAAUCUAUCAUCAGCAUGAAGUUCAGUCUGAAUUCAUAUUUUAUUCUAAUUUGUUUUGGUGUGAGUGCUUUGAACGCAGCUACUCGUAAACAAGUUAGAGACCGAAACAGAGAAAAUUUAAUUAUUGGCGGACAAAAAGUACCAAUUGAUGGAGCACCCUGGGUGGUUUCUAUCGUAAGAAACCAUCAGUUAAUUUGUGCCGGCUCCUUAUUAACCAAUGAUGUCGUGCUUACAGCGGCCAGUUGCAUCAAGGCUGUAGAACCAGCGGAACUUUUGGUUCGAGGAGGCACGACAGCCUUCAAGAAUAGCGGUAAACUACGCAGAAUCAAGGAGACCAUUCAUCAUCCAAAAUAUGUGGAAGGCAGCCACGCUUAUAACGUGGCUCUGCUACAUUUAUUGCGACCAUUCAAUCAUACUGAUGACCAUGUGGGACAAGUAAAAUUGCCUGAUGUGGAUUCGACACUGCCAUCAGCAAUAAAUAUAUAUGGGUGGGGGCUAUCAAGCAAUAAAACUAAUGUAAUAAUGACUAAAAAUUUGCGUUUCACAAAAACUAAAAUAUAUUCGGAUAAGAAGUGUGCCCAAUAUCUGACUGAAGAAGAAGAAGACACUGAUUACGUAUUUUGCUCUGGCGAUCGCACGAAGAUUUCAGACAUUUGUACUGACGAUCCCGGUAGCGCGGCAAUAUUCAAUGACAACGUUCAGUUUGGUGUGGUGUCGGAUGGCGGAGCAUGUUCAGAAACGCGUACGACAAUUCUAACUAAUUUGGCCAAACACACGAGAUGGAUUAAGAAUUUAUUAAACGAAUUCGAGCGUGAAAAUAAAAAUAAGAAAACACACUAGAUUUGUGACAGCGCCGUUUCAGUAGUUCUUAAGUGAAGACAAAUGUAUUAUGUGUACAUAUGUACAUUCUGAUUAA